GACACCGUGCACUACGUAUUUGGAAAUGUGAACUGAAUAACGAUAAAGUCUCUACAAUCAGAUAACUUUCUCUGUGUGGUUUUCCAAAAUGAAUUCAGGAGAAAUGGAGUCCACUUUCCCAACACCUUCCAUUGAAUAUAAGUAUGUAUGGAUGAAAGAGUCUGUAUUCCUUGCGAUCCUGGGAUUAGAUGGACUGGCGUUUAUAUAUUGCAUAUGUUGCGCGCUUGGGAUAUUGAUUUACAGAAGACAUUUGAUAUUUGCGAAUACAGGUUGUGUUCUUACUUACACGUUCAUUGUUGGUUGUAUCAUGAUGCUAAUGUCUGCCCCAUUGUUUGGAAUUGACAGUAGUUUAACCGACAAAAUAAAUAUCCCUAAAGCGUGUAUGGCUCGUAUUUGGCUGCUUUCUGUCGGGUUCAGCUUAAGUGUUGGUAUUAUGUUUGCUCGAGUUAUUUUUACCGCUUUUAUGGAACUGAUCAGAGAAUUCAAAAAUUAUCAGAUUACGUCAUAUGCUACCAUGCUUUUCGUGGGUAGUAUGGUAAUAAUCGACACACUGGUAGUGAUAGCCUGGCGCCAUAGUUCACCUCCACGUAAGGAUUACGUUACAAAAGAGAUAGAACGCAUUGGUCUGCGUGAUGAACGGAGAACUUUGGUGGAAACCUGCAACUCGGAUAAAGAGUCUUUGUUGAUUGGUUUUCUGUGUUUCUACAAAGGAGGACUAUUGCUUGUGGCAUUGAUUAUUUCUAUAUUUAAAAGAGAGGAAGAAGAGUGGCGUUCUAAAGAUUACAACCAAUGUAAAGUGGGACUGUUGUCAGUUCUUGUCGCAGGAGUAAUAGGAACGUCUGUUGUUCUCAGUUUACCAUUUAAUCCAAACAGAAGCUUCGCUGUUGGCGGAGCGUUUCUCAUAUUGGAAGUUACCUUCUUAAUGACAUGGGUGAAAGCUUCAAAGAUUUUCAAUGCGCACAAAUGCAAGAAGGGGCAGGCAAUGGAGUUUGGUAAAUACUCAAUUGAAAAGAGUCUCACACCACAUGUUCCGUGCGUACGUCCUGUGUAUGGUUGCGUAUAUGACAUUAAUAGUAAAGGAUUCUUGAAUGAAAGUUUUGCCGACAGUGCGUAUACUAUGGAGACGAUCAAUUCCGAGUACGCCAAGGAAGAAAGCCAAGAUGAUGAUAAUGAGGAUGGUGGAAUGGGCUUUGACAGCAAAGUGUCAGAAGAUUUCUUACCGUGUGGUUUACCUUCGGAAGAGGAUUAUAACUUGAAACCAUAUGAUCCUGACGCCGAAGAAGAGGUAGAAACUGAUGAUGAAGCUCAGGAUAAACCCGAGGGAGGAACAUCUGAUGACUACACAAGCAGUGAUAGCAGUGAUAACGAGGAUCGUGAAGAAGACGAAGACGCUAUGUCAACCGGGGACGUAGCCGCCAGGAGCACUGUCUCGCUACACAUGAACAAGUCCACGAAAGGAAGCCAAGUUCUCAGUGAAACUAGCGACCCACAACACCUAUCUGAGUCAGUCGGAAGUAGUCAAAAAGGUUGGUGGAAACCACUUUUUAAAGGAAAGAAGGAACCACGGAAACCUGCAGAUCAAAAUAAUAAAGAUAUGCAAAGUGAUAACAAUAAUUGGGUUCCCCCGGUGGCUCCUACUGCACCCAAUAAUGCACCUAAUACGUCCACAAAACCAAGUGAAGAAACAAAAGUUGAAGAACAUGAGUCAUCAUCAUCUGAGAGCGAAAGUGAGACCAACGCGACGCCAAAAAGAUGUUUCACACCCCAUGGUGGAAGCGCGUCAGAGGGCGACGAUUCUGACAGUUCUGAAUCUGAUAGCGAUUAAAUUGUUUUUGCAUC